UCAAAAAAAUGUUGCGUUAUCGAUGUGUCAUCUGUCACUUCUUUUUCUUCUGCCUGUGCGCGUCACCAUCAACUCAACAAAAAAGAAUUGAAGAAUCCCCAUUGCUAAAUAACCUAAAGAGUCAUAAAACAUAAGAAAUCCCUCAAGAAGAAAUGAAAACCAGCAUAGAAACUUUAGCUUCUGAAGAAAAUGAAGAAUUUAAUAGCGAAAAAAACGUGUUGAGGUGUCUUGAUUGCGAAUUUGAAACUGAAAACAUCGAUGAACUCGAUGACCAUAUUCUCGCUAACCACGAACUUAAGGACGAGGUGGUUCAUUCAGAAGACAAAUUCGUGAUUGUUCAAGAUGAUGACCACCCAGCUCGGAAUACUAGAAAAAGAACAAGAUCGACGCGACCCAAGAACCUUCCGAAAGAUAUACCUAGAGCAAAGAUCAUAGUUAAAAACCAUGACCCUAAGUUCAAGCUGUGUGAUGCAGAUGAAUGUGAGGAAGAUGGAAAACCUGGGAGGCCUCCAAAAAGAGGAAAAAGGCAUCCAAGUGAACCUAUGAAUUGUGAAUUAUGUGACUUCAAUACUACAAAAAAGAGUGUACUAGCGACACAUAUGUUAAAUCAUUCAGAUUUGGUACCACCAGUUUUCUACAAGUGUUCGCAAUGCCCAUAUCAAACAAAAAGAAAAAAUGACAUGCCUAAACAUAUGUUGGGACACUGCAGUAAUGCCCAACUGUACAAUUGCUUUGAAUGUCCAUACGCAACCAAACGAAAAUCAGAUUUAACAAAACAUGUUCUCUGUCAUCGACCUACAGAUACCGUUCCCCUGUACAAAUGCAGCCACUGUCCGUACGUGACCAAAAGAAAAGGAGAUCUGCCCAAGCAUGAGAUGAACCACGCCGACAAAAGCCAGAUGUUUACCUAUAAAUGCACCGAAUGCGAGUAUUUUUCGAAGAGGAAGAACGAUUUGCACAAACAUAUGCUGAUACACAGCGACAGACAGCUGUCGGGACUGUACAAGUGUCUUAAGUGUGCAUAUGCAACAGAUAAGGUCGCCAGAUUCUCAAACCACGUCAUGAGCAAAUGUGUCUUCUGGGAAUCACCGAUCAGUUUGGAGCAUAUCAUGCUUGAAGACAUUUUGGCGACCGUAGACAAAGACGGCGUCCACGUACUCCUAAACGAAUCUGAUGAUGAAAACACAAACGAACACGCUGAAUUCGUUCGGUAUAUCGAACACGCAGCUAUCAAAAGUGGCGUCGUACAAGCAGAUGACGCCGACGCACCAACCGUGGUUGAAGGUGAAACCGUCGAAGCGCAGUUGGUAGAAGAGGAGGGCGCUAUUGUAAUAAAAAGUGAUGAUGUCGAAGAUGAAGAGAAUUAAACGAUGAAAACUAAUUCAGAGCAUGUUUCUAAAAACGAUUUAUAUUAGUAGAAAUUAUAGUUUUUCGGUCAAUUUUGAUAUGAGGUUUUAAUGUAAAUGGUUUAAUGUUUCAGGAUUUAUCUGUUAUUAUGUGUUAUGCACAAGUAUUUUACAUGUAGGUAUUCCGUUGGCGAAUUUACAAAAGCUAUACUAAUUCAGUCAUGGGGGCGACUGAAUUCGAGUAGGUUUUGUAUGCAGAAUAUUAGUUAUAUAUUCUAUACUACUACGGUCCACAAAUUAACUGUAUUGUUGUAGGAUUUGUAAGUGAAAUUUUUGAUUAUUAUUGAGUAAAUGUCUAUACUGUUUCAGUCAUGUAAGUAAAACUAAUCAAGUAUUUACUUAAGUGGAUUUAUUAUUAUAUGUAUCAUAAAAUUUAGAUAUAUUUUGAAAAUUAAAAUGAAUAAUAUAUAUUUGGAUAUGAUUAAAAAUUAAAAACAAAUGCAUAACUACUAAUGUACGAGUAUAUACAGUAUGUCCCUGUAAGUUGGAACUGUAUGGAAAACUUUUCAACGAAAACAUUUCGUUUAUAAAUUCGCAAAAGUGUGUGUGUUAUUGCGUUGCCGCUCCUGCAAUAUUCCGAUCAGAUUUAUCGAUGGAUUUUUAUGUAGUUUUUUUUUUAUUAUUGAUUUUACAAAAAAAAGUUAUUCUUCACAAAAAAUUCUGCGUGGUCUAAAACCUAAAAUCAAGUUUUAUCAAUAGGAUACGAGGAAUGUCAAAAAAUAUGAAUUUAUCUCAAAAGUACAGUACCUUUAUAUAUUUCACAAAAUUGAAAAUUGUUAUUACGAAAAUUUGUUUGGGCUUAAAAAUACUGUUCUAAUAUGCAAUUACAUUCUUCUAAUUGAAUGAAAAAUUGAAUUUUUUUCUCAAAUUACAGAUACUUAACAUCAUUUUUAUUUAUGAUAACUUCGAUUUUUAUUUAUGUAACUCCUAUUAUUAGUUUUACGAAAAAAAAAAUUAUUCUUUACAAAAAGUUUUGUAUGGUCUGGAAACUAAGAUACAACCAUAAUUUAUCAAAUUUUAUCAAUUUUAUACGAGGUUUGUCAAAAAAUAUGAAUUUCGUUCAAGAGUAUACUCAUACAUGUUUUUUAAUUCUGAACAACUUUUUAUAAUAAAAUGUUUCAAUACUGUGCAAAAUAAAGGUACUUUACUCUUGAGCAAAAUCCAUUUUUUGACAUACCUCGUACAAAAUUGAUAAAAUGUGAAAUAUUAUGAUUGACGCUUAUUUUGUAGAACGUGGAAAACCUUUAAUAAAGAAUAACUUUUUUUGGUAAAAUUAAUAAUUUCGGAGUUACCUAUCAUAUUUAAAUAAAAAUGAUGUUUUGUAUCUUAAAUUUUUUUUUCGAUUAAAAGAAUGUAAUUGCGCAUUAGAACAUAAUUUUUAAUUUCAAACAACUUUCGAUAAUAACAAUUUUCAAUACUGUGGAAUAUAAAGGUGCUUUACUCUUGAGAGAAAAUUGAGAUAUCUGAUGCUUGUAUCUAAGUCUAAACGUAUAAAUUUUUAUUUAUAUGUCCAUGACUGAAACAGUAUAGACAUUUACUCGAUAAUAAUCAAAAAUUUCGCUUACAAAUCCUACACCAAUAUAGUUAAUUUUUGGACCGUAAUAGUAUAGAAUAUGUAACUAAUAUUCUGCAUACAAAACCUACUCGAAUUCAGUCGCCCUCAUGACUGAAUUAGUAUAGCUUUUGUAAAUUCGCAUUCCGUUGUGGUUUUCUUUAUCACCUUCACAGAGCUUCUAUUGUUUUGCUUCAAUAUAUUUUAGUGCUAUAGACCAGGGAAUUUUUGAUUUUCCCCGGACAAUCUUUGCUACAGGUAUAUCAACAACUGCUUUAGAUAAAUUUGAUAAACAACAUAUUAUACAGGGUGUCCCAAAAAUAGCGGAACGAUCGAAUAUUUCGCGAAAUGAACAUCGGAUCGAAAAACUGAAAAAUGCGUGUUUAAGAAUUUUCAAAAAUCUCUAUCGAAUGACACCAAACACGACCCCCACUCCACCCCCUGAAGGUGGGGUGGAGGGUAACUUUAAAAUAUUAAAUGGAAAUCCCUAGUUUUUAUAUCAGAUUUGGAUUCCUUACGUAAAAGUAAGCAACUUUUAUUCGAGAUAUUUUUUCGAAUAAUGGAUAGAUGGCGCUAUAACCAGAAAACACGAUUUAUUGUGAUGCCAUAAGUAAAUUAUAGAAUCGAUCUAAUAUCUCGAGAAAUACACUUUCAAAUGAAGAACAAAAAAAUACGUUUUUAAUAUUUUUCAAAAAUCGAAUUCAACCCUCCUUCAGGUGCGUUAGGGGGGAGCUAACUGAACUCUCAUUUUUAUCGCAGAUUUAGAUUUCUCAUGAAAAAAUAAGUAACAUUUAUUUAAAACAUUUUUUAGAAUUGUUGAUGGCGCCAUAAUCAGAAAAAUACGAUUUAUUAGCGCCAUCUAUCAACAAUUCGAAUAAAUGUUACUUAUCCUUUCAUGAGCAAUCCAAAACUGCAAUAAAAAACGGGGUUCUUAUUUAAUAUGUUAGAGUUAUCCCCACCCUACCUCCAGGGUGUAAAGUGGGGUAUUUUUUGGUGUAAUUUGAUAGGCUUAUGAAAAAUAUUAAACACCUGUUUUUUGUUUUUUCAUUUAGAAGUGUAUUUCUCGAGAUAUUAGACCGUUUCUAUAAUUUACCUAUGGUAUCACCAUAAAUCGUUUUUUCCGAUUAUAGCGCAUUUAUCCAAAAUUCAAAAAAAUCUCUCGAAUAAAAGUUGCUUACAUUUACGUAAGGAAUCCAAAUCUGCAAUAAAUACUGGGGGUUUCUAUUUGAGAUUUUAAAGCUGGUCCCCGCCCACCUCCAGGGGAUGGAGGGGAUCGUGUUUGGUGUCAUUCGAUAGAUUUUUGAAAAUUAUUGAACAUGUAUUUUUCAGUUUUUUGAUCCGAUGUUCAUUUUGCGAAAUAUUCGACCGUUCCACUACUUUUGUAAGAACAAUGUACUUUUUGAACAAUGUAAGAACGAUAUUUAAUUUUAAAUUCUAAAGGUGAAAUUAUUGCGUAGAUUAUAAAAAUUUAAUUUUGAAUUAAUUUUUUUAUUUUAAAUUUUUACUUUGGAUGAUAAAUAUUUAUUUUAAAUUAUGUGAAUAAAUUACAAAAGUUAAUAAUCAAUUCACAAAUUAACUAUUUUUAUAAUUUAUGCAACGCAAUACCGAAAAUUAAAAAAAAAACAUCAAUUUUCGUUGAUUAGAACCGGAGAUAUUGCGACUUUUGUAAAUUUAAAAUUCAGUUUUUGAAAUAGUUAAAUCGUUUCGCUUUUAAACCUUUUAUCUUUGUCUCAUCAUGGACGGCUCAUUUUGAAAGGAAUUGUUUUGAUUUUUUUGUCAAAACUUGAACUUUUAUUCUUUCACGUGGUGCUUUUUAAAUUUUUUAAUGUUUAUAAAAAAAGCCCUGGCGAAUUUUUGAAACAUAGGUUAACUCGGAUUCUAGUAGUCGUAUGAUAUUAUAUAUUUUUUAAAUUCGUGUAAAAAUGUCAUCAUUUCGAAUAAAAAUAAAUUAACUUUUUACGUGUUGAUGCUUCUGAGUGAUUUUAAAUGGCUAUAAGCUUAAAAUGACAUUACUUUUGUUAAGCUAUUUCAUAACAUUUAGCAUAAACUUUUUAAUCGUUAAAUGGUUUAGUUAAUACCGUUGUAUAUAAAUGGUUUCUGGGUUAAACAAUUUAAAUUUUUCAAUAACUAUUAAGUGACACUUUUUGAAAUUUUUACAGCCGAAUACAUGUGACGUUGUUCCUAUUAUCACCAGAAAUUAAAAGUUUUCUGCUCAUUUUAAAAAAAGUUAUUAACAAUUUUCAAAAAAAAAUCAACCUUUGAAGCUAUUUUUGCAAUAAUUAAUCAACAAAUUACAAAAUAUACUUUACAAACUCCAUUUUAAAAGAUUUUCUAUGCUAUUUCAGCAAAAUUUGUCUGACUUUUUAAAAUCAAAUAGCGAUGUUGUUUGAAGCUAUUUCCUUGUGGCAUUUUUAUGAUUACCUAACUAUUUAUAUGGGAAAUAAGCCACAAUUAAAUUGAAAAAAAAAAUAAUUUUAUUAACGUUUCGACGCCCAAAUCGGGUGCCGUUGUCAAAAUACAAAAUACUAUUAAAUUAAACAAAAAUGACAUAAAAUUCAGACAUAUAUUAUACAUUUUAAAGUAGAAGACUUUAAAAUAAUAUUGCCAAUAUUUAUGAGUUGCGUUCCUGGGACGACUUUACUGAAAGAUAAAUGUCGGGAUAGUAUCACGAGGUUUUUUCCUGGUUUUUUCCUUGUGAUUUACUAUGGAAUCUCUAACGCGAGAAUUUUAGUGCCAUCGUUGCAUUUGGUUGUCUUUUUAAAGACAGAUCACAUGCUAUAAUUUUUUUGUGACGGAUAUUCUUGAGUUGGGGUUGAUUUCAUGUAAUCGAAUGAACUAUCUUUCAGUAAAGUCGUCCCAGGAACGCAACUCAUCAAUGUUGGCAAUAUCAUUUUAAAGUCUAAAAUGUAUAAUACAUGUCUGAAUUGCCGAUAUAAAUCAGUCAGAUUAAAUAAAUUAUUAGAAGAAUUUUUUACUAAGCAACAACAUUUUUGUUUAAUUUAGUAGUAUUUUGUAUUUCGACGACACCCGAUUUGGGCGUCUAAACAUUAAUAAAAUUAUUUUUUUCAAUUUAAUUGUGGCUUAUUUCCCAUAUAAAUAGUUAAUCAAAUCUUAAAUUGCUUAUACGUAAACAAAAUACGUUUAAUCUUUUGUUACAUAUUUUCAUCACCCAAUUUAUCAAAAACAGUUUUUAAAUUCCUGUAUCAAAGAUGGUCAGGAAAAAGGCUUUUAUUUUGCAAAUUUUUCUAGUAUAUUUAUGUUUUCUUUUCACAGAGCUUUUAUUGCCGACUGAAAUAUAUUUUAUUGGGCACAUGAACCGUUCUAUUUUAUUUCUGCCAAUAUAAAUCGUUAUUUGUUUUCUUAACUUUUUUUUAUUGUUACCAUAAUUCAGUGUCAUUCGUUUUCUCGAUAAACCAAAAAUGUAGAUACUAUUUAAUAGUUUGUAGAUCUUAGCCUUAGCAGAGAGUUUCACAAAUAUCUUACACUGUAAUGGCUUUCAUUAUAUGGUAUAAGUAUAUUGUGUGUUAUAUGUGUAUAAAAAUAAAGUUUUCACACCCUUA